CCCAGUUGUAGGGAAUCAACAACAACCACCACACCUCAAGCAACAACAACUACAUUGGAGAGAACAAUACCUGAUGCAACAACUCAAGAGCCAACAGAAACCACAACAACCACAGCUACUACUACAACAACAACUACACCACCAACGACCACGCCCACGACGACUACAGCAGCAGCAGCAGCAACAACAACUAUAACAACACCUGAGUCGACGACCACUGCAACAACAACAACAUUAACACCAACGACGACUACGCCCACCACAACUUUAACUACAACAACGACUACGCCUACCACAACGUCAAUUACAACAACGACUACGCCCACCACAACGUCAACAACAACAUCUGCACCAGCGACAACUACACCAACAACAACAAUUACGCCAGAAACGACCACAUCCACGACGACUUCAACUGCAACAACAACAACAACUGCGCCAGCAACAACCUCGCCCACGACGACUUCAACUACAACAACGACUACGCCCACCACAACGCCAACAACAACACCUGCACCAACAACAACAACUGCGCCAGCAACGACCACGCCCACGACGACUUCAACUACAACAACGACUACACCUGCACCAACGACAACGACACCAACAACAACUACGCCAACAACGGCCGCGUCGACGACAACUUUAACUACAACAACGACUACGCCCACCACAACGUCAACAACAACACCUGCACCAACGACAAUUACCCCAACAACAACAACUGCGCCAACAACGACCACGCCCACGACAACUUCAACCACAACAACACCUGCACCAACGACAACUACACCAACAACUACGACUACCGAGCACACCCUAACUCCCGCAGAAAUUUGUGAAAAUAAUGGCGAAGAAACUAGUAUAGCAAAUCCUGAUGAUCUAACCUGUACAGAAUACAUAAUUUGUACGAAGUCAGGUUCUAGCUGGAUUGCCACUGCAGCUACAUGUCCCAGUAAUCAAUAUUUCGAUCCAACUUUUGCUUUUUGUACAACAACUUAUGAGUGUCCUACGCAACAAACAAACACAACAACAAUAUCAACAACAACUGCGCAAGAA